AUGGAUGGCGAUCAACGGAUGAAGCAGCAUGAAAGGUCAAUGUCUCGAUCUGGAAAUGGCGCUCGUAGAGCACCUAGUCGUGCAACCGAUUGUUUUGACCCUGCUAUACAAGCCCGUGGAGAUCCAACGGGAAUGUCGCAACCUCCGGAGCAAGCUUCGAUGUCCUACAACUACGGAUACACAGGCAGCUCCUUCCACGGCGGUUCCCUGCAAUCCAAUGAACUGCAAGAUUACCAGCACCAGGACUUUGUACGGGGCCAACGACCUCAGCAAGCAUCUCUUCAACCACAGCGACGACGUACGCCCCAGGACCCGGCGGCAUUCUCCUAUGACUCGAGCAUACUGUACGGAUUCGGUCAGCAGGGACCCAGCCAAGGACCCUUUGAGGCUGUUCCACAGUACCAGACACGACAGUCUGCGGCGAUCGAACUGUCGAACCAGUUUGCCGUUCCACAGUACUUUGCCCCAGAGGAUUCGACUGGGUCGGGGGUUGCAGGGCUGUCGCCUUAUCUAAAUGCGCAACUCCAGUCUUAUAAUCAACCUAAUCCCCAGCGCCCGAAUACCACCCAAUCCUUUUCUGCAACCAUUUCUGAUUUCAAUGCAAUCGGGUCUGGGUCUAUGAACCGAUUGGAUCCGGCGGAACAACGACAGCAGUCGGACCAGCCGAGUCUGGAGGAGGCCGUUGGACGAUAUCAGCGUAUUCUGCGCCGCACUUUCGAUCAAACGCGAGCGGGAAGAUUGGUAGAAGCUGGGGCAUCACUGCUGGAAAUUUCCGAGUGGCUUGUGACCAAUGCGCGGGAUCUAGGUCUACUCCACGACGACAGCCUUCAUUACCGUGACCGACUGAAGCUCUGGCACGACUUCAACCUAUGCUGGUUAGCCAUCUGCCAAAAACAGAAAGAUCUGAUACUGGAGAUGAUCGCCACCAAUCAACAACCUUCGCACACCAGUCUUAUUCGACGAGAACGCAUGGAAAGCAUGGGAAGAGACCUGAUUCAGCUUUGCGACCAACUCGAACCACACGGCUUGGUCGAUUACCAAAUGGGAAUAUGGGAAGAAGAGAUAUUAUCUGUUCUAAGCCAAUGUCUUGAUCUCAUGGAAAGUCGACCUGAGCUCCAACAACAACAUAAUGCUAUGCUUGAACCCACUGCCGUGCCUCGACCAUGA